UUUCUCCUGCAGGCCAUGGCUCUCACAAAGCUCUUACUCUGGGUUAUGCUUAGCAUAUUCUCGAAUGUGCUCAUGGUCAGUGAUGAGCUGGAUGAAGCCACACAUGACUGCAUGCAGCUGCAUUUGGAGAUGCGUAACGAGGAGAUGGCUCGGAUGGUGCAGCAGCUGCAGCAGCAGGUUGAGGAGAUGAAGGGAAUACAGCAAACUUGUGUGACCUGGAGUGGCCUGCUCUCUGCUGCCUUGUGGAACUGGAAAUUCUGGGUGACUGCUGGCUUCCUGCUCCUCCUGACUGUGGGGCUCUGCUGCUGCUCUAGCAAAAGAAGCCCUGAGGUGGGCAGCAGUGUCAGCAGUGAAGAGGAGGAAAACAGUGAAGAAGAAGACAGUGAAGAAGAUGCUGUUGGUGUGGCAGAUUUGGACACAUACACUGCAAUGCGCAAUGAGUGGUCAGCGGACGAACUGUGGAACCAGAGCGAGGGGGUGGAUGCAGUGGUUGAAAGCCUCUUCAUUGGUUGCCAAUGGUCCAGUUUCUUGUCAAAGGGUUUCUUCCUGGAGCUGGGACCAGCCAUAGGGGUGGGCAACACCUUUGAUUGCUGGUGUCCCCAGGAAGACGAGCCUGUCUACUGUAUGCUCGUGCAAUGA